AUGUGUCGAAGAAAGAGAGACUCUAUUAAUUUCAUAUUGGGAAGUUGGUUGCAUAGCAAGCUACCAACAGGAGCAUCAUUAAACAUAGCAAGCCUUUCUGCCCACUUGAGGCCAUCAACUGAUGCUCCAAACUUCGUCAUAGAAUUCAUUCAAAGCUCUCCAACCUCCCUCAUUCUCAUUCUGGAUCUACCUCCCAGAAAGGAUCUGGUGCUCAAUCCAGACUACCUUCAAUUGUUCUAUGAAGAUACAGGAUUAGACAAAUACCGUAAAGCAAUCGAAGAACUCCCUGAAGUACGACCAUAUGCCAUGUCCUCUCUUUUCUUCCGCUCCUUAGUUUCCCCAACUUCCAUAAUUGUCCGUGUCGAUACGGAAUCGGGAGGACCCGAACGCAUGGAGGAGAUUAUAGCAAACCAUGUCGGUCCGGUUGCAAGAGAUGUGAUUCGGGUGUGGCUGGAUGAAUGUGCUUGCAAGGAGAGAGGGGUUGGAGAGAUGGACAGAGGUAAUAUUGAGAAGAGGGAUGAGUUGGUUAAGAAGAAAACCAUUGAUAUAGACUUGGGUUCUAGUUUGCCAAGAUUGUUUGGCCAGGAAAUAGCAGAUAGAGUAGUGGCAGCCAUCCAACAAAUCUUUGAAGCAUGAAAUGGUUUUGCUUUGCUUGUUGGUUGUAAAUGUAUAAUGUAUUAUUUAGAUCCUUAAUGAAGUUAAUUUCAUUUAUGAUUUUAGCUUGGUUCUUAUGAUAAA